AUGACAACCAGUCCAAUCUUCGCCGACGUUGCUGAAGGCGAGCUGCCCAAACUAGAGGCGAUAAUCAGUGCCUUGAAGUGCGAGCAGACGGGUCACAUCAUGGAGGCUAUCCUGCUCUACGAGGAGAGCAUCUUUAAGUUGUCCCAAAUGGCUGAAGCGGAGCCGAGUCGCCGCCAGCUGUGUGGGAAGUACCUGAAGAUGUACGAGUCGCGGGCCAAGCAGCUGAGGGACCAGGUCAAGGGUCACCUGCACUCCAGCCGCAUGCUGGAUCACAUCACCAUCGAGCAGGGGGCCAGGGGCAGGAGCUACCAGCGGUUGUUUGGUCCCUACUUGGACGACGGUGUGAGGGAGGCCCAUCUCAACGAGCCUCACCUAACGGAGCCGUCUCACUUCAGGAACCUGCUUAACUUUCUGGAAGUGUUGGUCAAGAACUGUCGCUAUCUGAAGUACAUUCGCCUGACCACGAGACCCGAUGUGGUGGCGCCCAAGAAUCAGUUGCAGAUGCUGCAGCAGAUGAAGAACGACCUGGCCGGUGGCAAUAUCCAGAUGAACUUCCAGAUGGACGACAGCCUGCACGACCGCAAGAUUGUGCUCAGCUCGGGAGUGGUCAUCAAGAUUGGCCGAGGACUCCACUACUUUGAGCCGGCGGAGGGGUCCUACAACCUGGGCCUGUGCGAUUUCGACUUUCGCAAGUGCCUAGCCACCGAGGUGGACAUCUGGAAGUGCCGGGCUUUUGCCAAGCGGCUCAAGGACUCGGAGGAGGACGAGUACCAGCCGUCGAAGGAGGAUCGACCGGAGGCCCAUGCCUACUCCAGCGAUUAG